UUUAGGUAAUAUGUAAUAUGGGAUGAGGAGAAACCGCGUCGGCUGCUCAUGCCCAGACAAUCAAAGUGAGAAAAGUGGAUCUGCAUGUCGAAAUUCUUAAGGAACAAUUGAGAAACGCUAGGACCUAUGCCGCGAACUCUCCUCACUCUCUUUUCUAUUAGGUCUUCUUUUACCAGACCCAAACCCGACCGUUUUCUGGACCUCAAACUCAAAAAAAAGAUAUGAGAGACACAAUCAUUAUUCUUCCGUUUUAUUUACUUUCAGCCUGCAUAGAUACAUAUGGUUCGGACACGGAGCUCAAUUGUAUAAGUGGAGAGGAGGGAAAAUCCAGCUAAAAAAAGAGCGUGUACUGAACGCGCAGCGCGAAUCCAAGUCUCGACUAAGACGCGCAGAGAACCCACACCCUUUUUGACAGGGCGGAUUGUGAUACAACCAAUCUUCUCAAUUCUCUCAACCUUUUCUCCUCAAUCCCUCUUUUAAACCUUUUAACCAUCACGUCACUUUCUCCAUCACGUUUAUGUUACUGUGUAUUUAUCUUUUUCUUUGAUAUGCCUCUUAUCCAUUCAUGAAAUCCUCACCCAUCAAGAAGAUGGACAGGGCUAACGCAGAGGAGCCUACGUUGCCCCCUGCAUCUGCCUCUUCCAUCUCUAACACAGCUGGCAAGAAGCGACCUGCACCAUCUUUACUUCCACCAUUUGAACCACUUUCAUCAUCGCCUGGUUUCCCACGUCCAUUGAAGAGACAAGCUCGAGAUGGGUCCAUCGCUUCAUGUGCCUUCCUCAAGUAUCCUACCCCUAUCCCAACCUCGAGUACCGGUAUCUUGUCGUCGUCUCCUCCACGCGUUCAGUCAUCCAGACCUGUACUUCAACGUCCUCAAUCAUCUGUCUCGGAACGAGCACCCUUAUCUGCGGUACCUUCCGUCGAGCUCAACGGGAAUGGCGAGAUGCUACUAAUGGGUCGGUCGAGCAGCUCAUCUCACCAUGUUCUCUCUACCAACCACCUCAUCUCUCGAGUUCAUGUUAAGGCACGAUAUAUUCCAGCCUCGGACCCCUUCGAACCGAAUAAGGUAGAGAUUAUCUGCAAUGGCUGGAAUGGGAUAAAAUUGCAUUGUCAGGGACGAACGUGGGAGUUGUCGAAGGGAGAUACAUUCACAUCCGAAACCGAGACCGAGAUCAUGGUGGAUGUGCAGGAUGCAAGAGUAAUGGUUCGUUGGCCUAAGAGGGAACGCCAUGACUCCGUUGCAAACUUGUCGGACUCAUCGUGGGAUGAAUCGCCACGCUCUAGACACCGUCGUAACGGCUCUGUGUCGGACUUUCUGCAGUCGAGUCCCCUCCGACGAGAAGCUCGUAUUCGGUCACCUGAGUCACCAACUCCAGCAGUACGCAAUUCGUCGAACGUCAACUUACUUCCGGAUGAUGACCCUAGCGAGCCCGUCCAAAUCUACGAGGACGCGAGUGGAGAUGAGCAGGAGCUUCCUGUACCUGCUGCCAAUGUAGACGUAUCAUUUGCCCAGACCGAGAUCACGAAUAGCUUUUCCAGUGAUCUGAGUGAUCCCGAGGAUGACGACCUUGAUGAGGAGAACGAUCCCAUCGUACAUUCUUUCGGCCCCUUCGGAGCCAACCUUUCCAACCGCCUAGCAGCCUUUACGGCGGAAUCUCCUAAGCAGUCUCCCAAGCAAUCCCGUAGCGGAUCAUCGGGCGACACAACAGCCAAACCAUCGGCAGAGCCUGAGGAGAUCAUUAACAGCAACGUCGACGUAGCUGCUGUCCGAAACCAUGUCGUCAACCAACUAGCAUUUUCUAGACUGUCGUCGAACCCUCUAUCCGCCAUCAUGAACAACCUGCCCGCCGAAGAGAAGAAGGACUUAACCAAGCCUGCUUUGAGUAAGAUCAUCGCAGAAACCUCUUGUAUCGGUGUCAUCACCCGCCAGGGGAAAGAUGCGGCUGGUAAGCCACUGGAGAGCGAGUACUACUACAUUCCCGAGCAUGACGAUGAUGAGUCACGCCGGGUCGCGGUGACGGAUGGCUUGCGAAAGCCCAGUUUGAGAGCUUGCAGAAAACAACACAAGCAAUAUUUCUGGAAGCGACCUAAGACUCCUUAGAUCCCGGAGCAGCCGGCUGCCCAUGAUUCCCACCCGAUCUUACGAACGCAUCCCUUCUCAAGAUUUAAUCUGACAAAGUGGUCCUUCGUAGACGAUGCUAUCUUUUUCAUUUUUCGUUGCUCGUGGCAUUGGUGGUGGUGUUACUAUCAUCACCAAUCCUUGCAUAGCCGGAGGCGUUGGUCGGUUCUUUCCCAUUAUGAUAUUUUUCGGUCGGAGUUGAGGAUGAUCCGAUGAUAUCCUGUUGCAUCGUCUCGAGGUGGUGUGGUAAAGAAAAUCAAGGAGAGACAAGGCGGUGGAUGAAUGGAUAAUACCCUUCAGAACGCCGAUUGCUGGAUGGCAAGAGAUUCGGGGAGGGAGAAUGUUGGGGAAGACCGAGAUUGUACAAGUCACAGUUGCUACAUAAAGACUAAUGGAAAAGUUCACGCCUCAUUCAUAUUUGAUGGGCUGGUCGGCCAAAGCUAUUCUUAGUCCGAGUGAUGGCAGUGUCAUAUGGUGUAUGGUGUAUGGCGUAUGAAAGCACGUAGUUGAAGAUGUGAGUAGGUAUGUACUGAUGUUGGUGAUGUGAACGAUGACUAAGUUUGAUGGGACGUUGAGGUGCCGAUAAGCCUUUAUCGGCUGGAGCUACCCCGCAUUUCCACUUAAGCUUGCCCAGAUGUCAGGG